AUGGAUGGUACUAAGAAUAAUCAAGACCCAGGAAACAGAUCAUCUGAAAGAUCAGUCGAACCAGUCCGUUCAAGAUGGACACCAAAACAAGAACAAAUAAUGAUACUAGAAUCCAUAUUCAACAGUGGCAUGGUUAACCCACCAAAAGAAGAAACCAUCCGAAUCAGAAAACUCCUCGAGAAAUUCGGCGCCGUCGGAGAUGCCAACGUCUUCUAUUGGUUCCAAAACCGCCGUUCCCGUUCCCGUCGCCGCCAACGCCAAAUCCAAACCGAACAACAAAAGAAAUUAGAGAAGACCCAUUAUAGUAAUUAUCAGACAGCUAAUCCCGGACCAGCAAUUCUAUACGAAACGUCUCCGACAGUUCUUACCGGCGGUCCGUUUUCUGCCGGCUCAUCGAGUAUAAACAACUGCGGAUUUGGAGUUGGGUUUGAAGAUAAUAUAUAUGGUUAUUCAGGUCAAAAUCAAAUGUUUAACUUUCCUGAAACAGAGCAUAAUUCGAACAAUAUCCCAAUAUCAUAUGCUAUGGAUAUUUCAAAUUCACUGUUUCAUCAUCAUUCAGGGUUGAUAACAGUUUUCAUAAAUGGAAUUCAAACUGAUGUUCCAAAUGGGAUUAUUGAUAUGAAAACAAUGUUUGGAGAAAAUGGUAUUUUAGUUCAUUCAUCUGGAAUCACUGUCCCUUUCAAUGAGUAUGGAUUUCUAUUGCAGAGUUUACAGCAUGGAGAAAGCUAUUUCUUGGUAAAUUCAUCUUCUUUUUUCAGUUUUGAAAUGUGA